AAAGGAGCAAUGAAACCCUAAACGGCGCCGUUUCCUGCCGUAAGCGAAAGGCCUGAGGAGAGUGUGGGCACGUUUGCGUGGGGUAGAAAGCAGAGGGAUUGUGUUGUCCGAUUCCCUCUUUCCAUAUGCCAAGACUACAUUUUUCGAAUCUUUCCUUCACGCUUUCUAUGUGCCUUGCAAUCCCAUUUGUUCCUGCGUAUAAAAUAUAGUGUGAUAGGGUAGAGGGUUGGAGAAGAGAGAUGGCGGCUUUUUCUGAAGCUGAAGCUCCAUCGCCCGACAUAUACAUACCAGAAGAAUGGUCCGAAGCUGCCGAAACCAUAGCUUACGAUUCAGUCACUUCGCCGCCUCCUGUUGCUCUCGUCUGCGGCGCCAAGAACUGUGGCAAGACCACCUUUUCUCGCCACCUUCUCAAUAUUCUCCUUCAGAGAUAUCAAAAAGUAGCUUAUUUGGAUACAGAUGUUGGCCAGACUGAGUUUACUCCUCCUGGAUUUCUAUCCCUCACUGUAAUUGACCAACUUACUCCAGAUUUGACAAUCCCAUGCCUCAAGACGCCAGAGAGAUGCUAUUAUUUUGGUGACAUUUCUUCGAAAAGGGACCCAACAGCGUACUUGAAUUAUAUAUUUGCACUGUAUGAUUACUAUCGAAGGGAGUACUGCAUGCUCAAGGGCAGCAAAAAGCCUGUUAAAACAGAGUUGCCUCUUGUUGUUAAUACACCUGGAUGGGUAAAAGGUAUUGGUUAUGACAUACUGGUGGAUGUGUUAAAAUAUAUUGCUCCUACCCAUGUAGUUAAGAUAAACAUUUCUGCUGAGGGUAAGAAUCUUCCAGCUGGAGCAUUCUGGUUGGAUGGGGAUCAUAAAGAGUCAGUGAAUCUAAUUGAGGUCAGUUCAGCUCGUCAGGACUCUUUUAAGAGAUCGGUCUUAGUACAAAAAGAUGCAGGCCUUUUACGGGAUUUACGAAUAAUGGCUUAUUUCAGGCAGUGUUUUCCAAGUAACUUGAAUAUCACAACAAUCAAAGAACUUGCACAUGCAUUGGCCUCUCACUCUCCUUAUGAAAUUCCCAUACCAAGUAUCAAGAUUAAGCAUCUCCAUUGCCAGGUCCCAAGUACUGAAAUUCUAUACAGUUUGAAUGCAACCAUUGUUGGCUUGGCAGUUAGUUCUGAAGAUUCUGAAAAUUUAUCUCCAUGCGUUGGCCUUGGAAUUGUAAGAGGCAUUGACACAUUCAAACGUUUACUCUAUGUGCUUACACCUGUUCCACAAAGCACUCUGGAAAAGGUUGAUCUUUUAUUACUAGGGUUUGUACAAAUUCCUACUUGUUUGCUACAGGUAAGUGGUCCUCUUCCAACUGCUGCAUCUGUUUCUAUGAAGUUUAUUUAUUUUUCUGAUAACCACCAAUGAUAUUAAUGCUUUUUUAGUAUCUGUUCGAUCUCCUUUAAUAUCUGUGUGCAUAUGGAAAAAUAAAAUAAAAUAAAAUUUUAGAUAUUUCUUGAGAUUAAGAUACUCGUGACAUGACACGAAAAUAUGCCCCCCUUUUCUCCUAUAUUGCACUUCCAGUAAAAAUGGUGUUUUGUUAUUUCACAAAUGCACAGUCCAAAUUAGCCUCAUUUUCUAUGUGUAACCAUAGUUUUUAUAGUUAUAUAAGACACAUUAAUAAGCUGCCCCUUAAUGUCUUGCCUUGAGAAAUCUGCUGGAGUGGAAAUCAGAAGGGAGUCAGUACUUAAUAUUUAUAAUGUUGAGUUCAUGUAACUGUUAGCAAAUUAUUUAUAAGGAUAUUCACUCAGAAGCUUACUUCUCCUGCUUGGUGUGCACUCUUUUCAUUAUGUGGUUGGUACAACAGAAAAGUGGAUCCUAAACAUGAUUCCAGAAAACUACUGCUAUAUUUAGAAAACAAGAAAAUUGGUUCAUUGUUGCAAAGCAAAUUUUUUUGUUUUCCAACAGAAAGGAUGCGGCUUUGUUUUUUUAUGACAGGCCAGUUCAGCAAGAUAAUUAAGCUGUAAAUACUUCAGUUCAUUUCAUCAUGCAUCUAAAGAAGGAGAAAUAGAAGCACAACCUUGUCUUCAUUAUCAUUCUUGUCUAAUUGAUGGGGAUGAAAACACUUCUGUUGCUGAUUUUAUUCUCUCUCAGCCCAAACAUGGGUUAAAUACUGAAAAAAGCACUCCUCUCAUGUAAACUGUCAAAUUCUUUGCAGGUCCAGGGCUGCGUUUCGCCUUACAUGUCGACAAAUGUUCUGCCCACAGGCUAGCAGAUAUACUGUCGUUCAUGGCCAAGAACUUUUCCAUAGAAUCCAUUUACAGAUAUUUAGCUAAUAAGUAGUUUCCUCAGCUUGCAAGAGAUGCGACAUUAUAGAGACAGAAUGACAGCCGGCUUUCAUAGUCAAAAUCUACGUUGUAAAUUUCUCCCUCCCCUUGGAUGUUGAUUUGAGGGACUCUUUCCCCCUUAAUUUAUCAAAGAAACAUACACUCUUGUUAUUAGGCUUCAUGUACUUGGUUGAAAAAGGUUUCAGACAAUCAUUUGGAAAUACUUGCAAUACGAGAGCUAGCUAUAUUUAUUAUUA